UUCAUCUACCCCACCGAGCAACCCUCGAGCAACCACCAACCCCCCCUCUCGCCUGCUUUUAUUUUACUUUGUGCUCUCACUACUCUCCGCGACACGACCACUACUGCUUGACACGAACGAGCACCUAGCUCACAACAACAACAAUGUACUCGCCAGCUCUCAUCCGCGCCAUCGCGCGCGCAAGGCCGCGUGCCACUCUCCCCUCGGCCGCCUCGAUCGCCCGCACCACCCGCCCCAUGUCGACCCGCCCCGUCGUCCUGUCCGCCUCGACGCUCCCCCGCGCACGAUCAAUGGCGACGGCGGUCCAGUCGGUCACGACGACCAACGUCGCGCUCCCCCCGCUCGGCCCCAACUCGAAGCACUUGAAGAAGGUCCUCAUCGCCAACCGUGGUGAGAUUGCCUGCCGUGUCAUCAAGACGGCCCGCAAGCUCGGUAUCCGUACCGUUGCCGUCUACUCUGAUGCCGACCGCGGAUGUCUCCACGUUGAGAUGGCCGACGAGGCGUACCACAUUGGCCCUGCCCCUGCCGCCGAGUCUUACCUCGUCGCCGACAAGCUCCUCGCUGUCGCUGCCGCCUCGGGCGCCGACGCCAUCCACCCAGGCUACGGUUUCCUGUCCGAAUCGCCUGAGUUUGCCGCGCGUGUCCGCAACGCCGGCCUCGAGUUCGUCGGCCCUCCCGCCGAGGCUAUCCGCGCCAUGGGCUCGAAGCGUGAAUCCAAGGAGAUCAUGCUUGCCGCUGGUGUUCCUUGUGUUCCCGGCUACCACGGUGCCAACCAGGACGAGGAGGUCCUCGUGAAGGCUGCAGGCGAUGUCGGCUUCCCUCUCCUCAUCAAGCCCACCCACGGUGGUGGUGGUAAGGGUAUGCGUGUCGUCCGCAAGAUUGAGGACUUUGUCGACGAGCUCCGCUCGGCCAAGCGUGAGGCCAUCAAGUCGUUCGGCAACGACGAGGUUCUGUUCGAGCGCUGGCUCGAGCGUCCCCGCCACAUUGAGGUUCAGGUCUUCGCCGACUCCAAGGGCAACUGCGUCUCGCUCUGGGAGCGUGACUGCUCGGUCCAGCGUCGUCACCAGAAGAUCAUCGAGGAGGCCCCCGCUCCCGGCCUUAGCGCCGAGACCAAGAAGGAUCUUGCCGACAAGGCCGUCGCCGCCGCCAAGGCUGUCGACUACGUUGGCGCUGGUACCGUCGAGUUCAUCAUGGACGCCGACAGCGGCGAGUUCUUCUUCAUGGAGAUGAACACUCGUCUCCAGGUCGAGCACCCCGUCACCGAGGAGGUCACUGGCAUCGACCUCGUUGCUUGGCAGCUGUCCGUUGCCGCCGGCAACGAGCUCCCCAUCACCCAGGCCGAGGUCCCCUGCAUCGGCCACGCCUUCGAGGCCCGUAUCUACGCUGAGCGUCCCGAGGCCAACUUCCUCCCCGACGCCGGCCGCCUCAUCCACACUGCUGCUCCCCGCGACGCUCCCCACCGUCUCGACACUGGCUUCCGUGAGGGCGAUGACGUCUCGUCCUACUACGACCCCAUGAUUGCCAAGCUCAUCGUUCACGGCCGCGACCGCACCGAGGCUCUUGCGCUCCUCCGCUCGGCUCUUGACCAGUACCAGGUUGUCGGCCCCUCAACCAACGUCGAGUUCCUCCGCUCCGUUGCCGGCCACCCCGACUUUGUCGCCGGCCCUGUCGAGACCAACUUCAUCCCUGAGCACCACGACGAGCUCUUCCCCGAGAAGGUCACCGCGCCCGAGGUUCUCGCCCAGGCUGCUCUGUCCAUUGCCCACCACGAGCCUGGCUCGGGUGCUUGGGGCUCGCUUCCCGGCCGGAGGUUCAGCGACGAGUCGAUCCACACCUACACCUUUGACGAGGGUGUUGUCCAGCUCACCCAGCGCGAGCAGGGUGCGUACGACAUCAGCGUCACGACGGGCGACAAGACGACGGACCUUCAGGCGACUGCCAGCCGCACUGGCCCCAACGAGCUCGUUACGCAGUUCGCCAACGGACGUGCGCAGGCGACCGUCAUCCCCCACGGCCCCAAGCUCCACCUCUUCACGCCUGAGGGCUCGCACGUUCUCCGCCGCCGUGGUGCCGAGGUUGAGGCCGAGGGUGCCGGUGCGUCGUCUUCGGACGCGCUCACGGCCCCUAUGCCCGCGACUGUCAUCGAUGUCAAGGUCGCUCCUGGAGACACUGUCACCGAGGGCCAGGUCGUUGCCGUCCUGGAAAGUAUGAAGAUGGAGAUCAACAUCCGCGCCGGCCACGACGGCAAGGUCGCGCAGGUCAACGUUGCCAAGGGUCAGGCUGUUGAGGAGGGUGCUCUGCUGGUUGCCCUCGAGCCCAAGGAGGAGAAGAAGGAGUAAAACAAUGAUAUUGUAGUUGUAGUUAUACCAUUUCAGGCAUGGAUUCGUG